AUGUUGCAUACACAAACAAACCUUAUCAUGUAUAUAAAAUCUUUCUACGGGAGCGGGAUGCACUGGACACCCUCUACCCUACACACUUUUGAAGAAAAACCGUCAGCACUGCCUGACAAAAAGAUAUACAUAGAAACAAAGGGCCUUUCAUCAUUUACAAACCUCAACAGAAGCGCAGAGAACAUCUUUGCAGGAGACACCGCAGCAAAUAAAAAGAAACCGUCCAUUAGGCCCGUUAUGCUCGUGGUGAGCUACAUGAGCGAGCUUAUCUUUGACCCAGAAGACCUCCCAGAAAGCAGCAAAUGCAUAGAGAUAAACGAAGACUUCUACACUUCGUUCAACGAGCUUAGCUCGGCGGUUAAAGAGAGCAUGCGUGUGGAAAAAACAGUAAUCCAAAGACUGGAAAGGAGCCAGGGCGUUGAAACGAGCAAGUACUACAUAACAACAAAAACAAAAACAUUUUUCGUCAGCAAGCAGCGGCUGCUUGGGGAAAUACUCAAAGCGCAGAGAAAGAUAGAGAGAAUCAGGCCCCUCACUGUUCUGUCUGUCCAAAUGGCGCUGGAGUGUUUUAUUAAAAAGCUUUGUGUUCUCAAGGUCAUAGCGGAUAAAAUGUAUCCCGAGGAGUCCAGCAGGCUGUUUAUAUAA